AUGAUCUCAUGGCUGUUCCUCUGUCUUUUUCUUCUUUUACCAUCAGUAUGCCAUGCCAAUGAUCGUCGUCAAUUACCAGUGGUGGAACCUCGCAUUGUGGGUGGCAGUGCGGCGGCGGCGGGUGCCUUUCCGGGAUUUGCACGGUGGGAUCAAGGGUGUGGAGGAACAUUGAUACUGCCGCAAGUUGUCUUGACGGCGGCCCAUUGUCAUUUGGGCACGCCCGGUGCCAUUCGCGUCAACUCCAUUAGUCGGACGGGCAAUGAUGGCAAUGACUAUGAUGUCGAUUAUGUCCGCAUUCAUCCCAAUUACAAUGGCAAUCGCGAAGAUCCCGAUUGGGAUUUUUCUAUUCUCAAACUCAAAACCAGUGUCCCCAACAGUAUUGCCACACCGGUGAUGCUCAAUGACAAUCCACUCAUACCGUCGUCGCAAGGAGAUCCUCUGGUGGCGGUGGGAUUUGGACGCCUGGAAGAAGGGGGAAAGGAAGACUCGGAGUCGCUCCAACAAGUCACACUCCCCUAUGUGACCAAUGAAGAUUGUUACGAUGCUUACUCGAGUCCACGCAUUAACGAUGCCGCACUCUGUGCGGGACAAGCCGGAUUGGAUGCCUGUCAAGGCGAUUCUGGCGGUCCUCUCUUUCUGGCUAGCACUGCUAGUAGCCAAGAACAAUACCAAGUCGGCAUUGUCAGUUGGGGAUUGGGGUGUGCGCGACCCGAAUAUCCCGGUGUCUAUGCCCGCAUCAGUACGGGAUUUCCAUGGAUUCAAGCCACGGCGUGUUAUCAUGUCGAUGACUAUGACGAGGAUUUUUGUCAAGGCGCUCAUUUCCCCAUUGACUUGUCACUGGAAGUCGAUAUGUUGCUGGAUACAACGUUGUAUCAAAAUUACUCGUGGGGACUCUAUCAUAUCAACUCGUCGACGACGCUCUAUGAAUCGGUCCACUCCGAAGACGAUACUGGUGUCGUGACCGAAUUGGUCAAUACGGGAGCCGGCUAUAUAUCGGUAGCGCGUAAAAAAGAUCGAGAACAACCAGUGGAUUUGCCCGUGCAAGAUCGAGAAGACACAAUACAAGAAGCAGAAGUGCCACCCAAUGCGAUCCAAUUGCAAUUUGACAAUCUACAAGCUGGCACGUAUUACUUUACCAUUCGCAAUCCAUUUGGUACGGGGUUGAUGGGAGCCAACAAUCACGUUGUGGUCACACAAGGAGGAGGACGACGACGGGUCGUACAAGUCCCGCACAAUACGACAUUCGAGACGUUUUAUGGACACUACUUUACCAUUACCAAUGAAUUCUUGGUGAAGGAUAUUCGACAACAACGACAGGAAGAUAUGGCUGCCGACAGUACAGUUGUGGCGACGGUCGAAAUUACCGUCGAUGUCUUUUAUACCACCUACGCCAAUCAAACGGGAUGGGAACUGCGCAAUCUCGAUACCACGGAAGUCUUGGCGGUCGUAUCGACUGGAAACGUUCUCGCACCGUCCCUCGAGUCUUACACAUUCCAUGCCGAACGAGGACACACGUACCAACUACAAUUGCGCGACACGACGGGGCAAGGCAUGACCGGGGGAUGGGCCAGUCUAUGGGUUGGAACGGUUCUGCAAUGGAAAUCUGAUGAAGACGAACCACCCUUUAUCGACGAAUUCACACAUACGUUUGUAUUGUAG